CCGCUUCCCAGAAGCCGCAAGCGCUAGGGUUUCCGGGGCCGCCGCGUGGAGUGGCCUGUCAGGGUACUUUCAGCAUGGCGGUGUUUUCUGGCCCCGCUGCGCCAAUUCUGUCUCUGAACCCACAGGAGGAGGCCCAGUUUCAGAAGGAGGUGGCGCAGGUUCGGCAUCGCGUGACCCAGAAAAAAAAGCAAGAAGAACUUAGACCUGGAGUAAUCUUUGUGGGACACCUACCUCCUGUACUUUUUGAAUCCCAAAUCAAAGCAUAUUUCUCCCAGUUUGGCAGUAUUACAAGAUUCAGACUGUCCAGAAGUAAAAGGACAGGAAAUAGCAGAGGGUAUGCCUUUGUGGAGUUUCAAUCUGAAGAUGUUGCCAAGAUAGUGGCUGAAACGAUGCACAACUACCUCUUCGGCGAAAGACUCCUAGUUUGUCGUUUUAUGCCACCAGAAAAAGUACAUAAAGAUCUUUUUAAAGGUUGGCAAGUUCCAUUUCAUCAUCCAGUAUACCCCGCAGUGAAACGGUAUAAUCACAAUCGGACACUGGUACAGAAGUUACGCAUGGAAGAUCGAUUUAAGAAGAAAGAAAAAUUACUCAGGAAGAAAUUAAUUGCGAAAGGAAUUGAUUAUAAUUUUCCUUCAUUGGUUUUGUCUACUAAGAAAAAAGAGGUUUCGGACAAAAAAGAGGUUUCCACCAAAAAGAAAAAGGCUUCAGGCAUACCUAAGAAGAAGAAGAAAAGGGUUUCAGAGGACUCUCCGGUCACUCCCGACAAGACUGUGGACAGCCAGAGUGCCACACCGGUCUGCACACCAACAUUUUUGGAGAAACGAAAAUCUGAAGUUGCUGAAAUGAAUGAUGAUAAAGAUGAUGAAAUAGUCUUCAAAGAGCCUGUGUCCAGUGUAAAAGAGAUACAAGAGACUCCAACGCCCACUCGUUCAGGAAAAAAAAGACAAAGGCGAAGGAAAAGCAAACAGUGAUAUGAAUGUAUUAUGUGCAGCGUAUCUUACCAAAAAAUGUGAUUUAUUGUAAGGACUGACUACUGUGCUAUACUGGAUAAACCAACUCAAAGAAUAACGGGACUUUCAAAGGAAAAAUGUACUGGUUGUUCAAGGUCAGUAAGAGAAGCAGUCAGUAAUUUUGGUUCGUCUGCCCUUGCUGACUGGUUGGGGUAUACCACAGCCUGCAGUGGCUGAGCUUGCAGUGCCUUUGUCCCGCUCUCCUACUUUUCUGUUCAUACUGUUUUUAGCACCCCUUUGUGUACCCUGCCUAAAUAUCACUAUUAACUGCAGGUUUAAGUACUCAAGUGUUGUGGCCUUUUGCCACAAGCAAAUAAAGAUUGCUUGACCAACUGCA